GAAUUUUAUGAGUCAAUUUGCGAUACUGGCAAAAAUCACGAAAAACAUUAAGUCAUCAUACGUGGCACCUCUUGUAAUAUUUGGCCUUAAUAUGGAACCAUGGCAAGCGUAGCCAAUACCCAUGCUACAUUGCGGACACAGCUACGGCUAGACUCCAAGUGGCUCAAGACAGAUCCACAAGUUGCAUUCUCCAAGGAUGGCCUGAGCAGCUUGUGGAAUGAACUGGUCAAGGAUGGAGAGUUGGUCAUCGGUAGGCCCAGACAGAUUGUCAACUCUGCUGGGGCUACCGCUACCAAAGGUGAAACAGGCAAGUACUACUGCGGUAUGAACGUCCUGACAUGUGGUUGCUGCGAGGGGCGUUGCGGACCGACCAACGGCUGCAACUGUCCACCAUGUCAGAAACUUGAUGAGGAAGAAAAGAAAGAAGACGCUAAGGAGGCAUCGUCUUCCGUCAGUCUCAUUGAGUCAUGGACUUGGGGUAAACAGCCCGAUGCUUCCCAGCUGAAAGAAUGCCUGCACCUGUUGCUUCAGGAACAGAAUCAACUUCUCCGUGAGGCGGCUCUCUCCACUCUUUCAUCUGUCCGUCUGCGCCAGCGACUCGUCGUACUGGAGCGUUACUUCAUCGCCCUCUCCAGGCACUGUCCAGAACAGAAGGUUGUGACGAGGAAAAAGAAAGAAGGAGAUUCCUCGCCUGUCAAGAGUAGAAGCCCUCAGAAACCGACAGAGAAAGCGACAACAUCCCUGGCUCGUGUCGGUGCUCGUACUGCCCUCUCAUUUGCCUUCGCCUUCCUGCGUAGAGCGUGGAGGUCAGGUGAAGAUUCAGACCUCUGUGCCGAGCUCCUUCAUGACGCCCUCGAGGCUCUGCGCUCCCUCCCUGAAGCCACGCUGUUCGAUGAAUCGUCAAUCUCUAAUGUCUGGGCGGAGGUGGUGCAGAAGGCUACGGAUUUCCUCACUUCGGUUGUUGUUGGGGACCUGAAUGCUUGUGCAAGUGCCAAGGGAAACAACGACACCAUCCCGAUUCCAGACCAGCACAGCGCCCUCGCUCUGCUAUUAGAGCUCGCUGUCCAGCGCGGCACACUGAGCCAACUACUGAAUGUGGUGCUGCUUCUCCUGCAGCUGUGGGACAGCGGGAGGCUGGAACCAGACAACAGAACCAGCCCGCGGGGUACGACCGCGCCGCUCAUGCCACUGCUGAGACGCUUCCAGGAGAUUCCGAGUCCGAAGGGAAAGUUUACGAUCGAGGGCAGCAACCAGGAUGAUUACCUGACCACUUCUGGCGUCAGUUCCACGGAGUGUUUCCUUCGUUACUUGACUCUGCCGGAUGAUGAUGACGCUUCUAUAGAUCUAAGACAGGCUGCUGUCAUCAUCAUGUCGCACUUAGACCGACUCGCUGCUGCUUAUAUGCCAAGCCCAAUAUGCCAAAAGGGUCCAGUCAUACCAAUCGGCCAGGAGGUAUGGUCCAGCAAGUCACUCCCUCACACUAAGAACCCACCCAGUGGGUUCCAGAAUGCAGUCAGCCCGCCGGUACCCAUGCCGUCAAUCAGUAACCUGGGUGUCGUUCAGAUCGCUUGUGGAGAGAUCGCAACCUUGAUUCUGACUCGCACGGGAAAAGUUUACGUACAGCAGAAAGAAGAAGAGCAGUUCCUGGAACUCAUUGAGAACCUGACUAACAAGGAUGUUAUCCAGUUGGCAGCCAACCCAGCCGGCAAGCACUACUUGGCAUUGACAGCAAACGGCGAGGUGUACUCCUGGGGUAAUGGGGAGAACGGCGAGCUCGGACAUGGAGACAAAACUUCUUGCGAGGAGCCCACGUUGAUCAAGAGUCUGCUUAGCAACAAGGAAUCAUCUCGCCGUGUUGUGUACAUAGCUGCAGGUAGUGGCUACAGUGCUGCUAUCACCAAUCUGGGUGUGCUGUAUACCUGGGGAGCAGGAAGCUAUGGACGACUCGGACAUGGUAACAAUGAUGCUCGUCUAACGCCAACUCAAGUAUCACCAUUGAAGGGACAGCUCAUCAAACAGGUUGCCUGUGGUUCUCAAGACGGACAGACACUUGCCGUAACAGACACAGGUCUUGUUUAUUCGUGGGGCAACAUGGAUUAUGGGCAGUUGGGGCAGAAGGAACGAGAUGCGCCCAAGUCGCCCAGAGUCGUGUACAAGCUCCAGGAUCAGAAUGUCUGCAGGGUGAGCUGCGGAGCUCGUUUCUCCCUGGCCUUGACCGAGACUGGAACGGUCUGGAUAUGGGGACGUGGUGACGACAAUCGACUAGGCCAACCCACCGAUGAUUCCUACCGCUUACCCAAACUAGUCGAAGGUCUCCAGAGCAAGAAAGUAGUGGACAUAGCAGCAGGCCAGAGGAACUUCCUGCUGCUGACGGAUACCGGGGAGUUAUACUACGGCCUGAUUACUCAAUCUAGUGUAGCGGCCAAGGGCAGCAAGGCGGAAAUCUUUGCAGUUUCUGCACUAGAGGGAAAGGCAAUCAGCGGGAUAGCUUGCAGCUACACCAAUAGCUUUACUUGGACGUCCAGCGGUAACUGGUCAGUCGGACUGAGUGUUCCAUUCAGUGUCCACGUAACAAAGUCAACCUUUGAGCAGCUGGAUGGCCUCCUGGAGCGUGUUUGCGAGGGUCUGGAUGGACUGAGCGACUGGCCACCACCUCAAGAGAAAGAAUGUAUGGCCGUAGCUGGCCUUAACCUUCUCAGACUUCAGCUCCAUGCCGCCAUAGCUCACGGAGAAAACGCCGAGAAGUUAGGACUCGGUCUCGGCGGCACACUCCUAUCCAACCUCAAGCAGCGUGUAGUGGACUUGGCCAGCAAUGCUGGUGUCAUACCUACAGUACAGGUAGCGGCACAGUCCACUCUGCAGACGGGAUGGUCCAUGCUUCUGCCUACGGCUGAGGAGAGAGCGAGAGCGCUGUCUGCGUUGCUGCCGAGUGGUGGAGGUGAAAGUGUCUCCAUGACCCCUGGUCGACGCUUCAUGAUGGACCUCUUAGUCGGGAGUCUCAUGGCCGACGGAGGUCUUGAAUCGGCUCUGGAUGCCGCCGUUCACUCUGAGGUCAGAGAACUGGAAAGUCAGAAGGAGAAGGACAUCGCCGAACCUCCUGGCGGCUUGGAGGCAGUGAAAGGAGGAGGAGGAGCGGAUGGGGAACAGCGAGACAAGAGGACAGAGGAUAGUGGGAGCAAGGACAUCAGUUCCAGUAUCCCACUUCUGCAACUGGUCCAACAACUACUCAAGAAUGCCUCUUCCAUCACCUUGUCCAAGCUUCACGAGUUGUCCGUAGAUUUCAGUAAGAGCGACCCGCCACCCAGCAUGGUCAAGAAUGAGAAGUCCACUUCCAUGGAGCUGCUGCUCAAGUUCCAACGGCUGCUGAUUUGCUUUCUCUUUCCAUUUGACACUCAGCGUCGUAAAUCUGCAUGCGGCCAAGCAACAUCUGCGGAGACACUUGGCGCCAUUUCUCUUCUGAAGAAGUACAUCAGUCUACUCGCUGCUCACAUCCAUGACGUCCUCCCCGCUGCAUCAGACCUUGCAUCCCGUAGUCCCAAACAAUUCUCCACUGUGGCUAGCAUCAUUGAGUCUGAUCUAUCAGGUGUUCUUUUCCCUGAACUCAUCACUAGUCUAGUUCUUCUGCAAGUCAAGCAUCGUUCUGUCCCGCUUAGUGAACUCUCUAGUCUAAUCGAUCUACUGGAAGCCUUUAACCGCCUAGCACCAGGCAUGGAUAAGGAAGAUGCUGAAGACCUGGCGUGGUCAGGUUUGAGAGCAGGACUAUCUGGUAUAGCGACGUCCAACGAUGCGGGUUCCAACGUCCCCCAGACUCCCGACGAUGUCCCUCUGAUACGCAAAGCAGACCUUGAGAACCAUAAUAAGGACGGCGGGUUGUGGGUGGUCAUCAAUGGCAAGGUGUACGAUCUGAAAGACUUCCACUGUAGUGCGCCGUGCGGCAAAGAUAAACUACAACAAUAUGCAGCCAAGGAUGCAACGGAGGAGUUCCAGAGUGUAGGCCAUUCAGCCGAAGCCAUUCUCAUGAUGGAAAGCUUCUUCGUUGGGAUCUAUGUCGGGCCUGAAGAGGACAUCAUCAUCCCAUCGAUCAACACCAGCUGCUCUUCCUCUCCUCUCAUUGAUGCUGAGCGUGCCUUGGGUCUACUCAUCGGUCUCAACUCCUGCCACCAGGCCUGCGGACACUCCCUCCACCCACUAGAGGUGGACUACAAGAACUGGCUCCAAUCGCCGCUCUUCAGCGGAGGGCUCCAGCUGAGUCAGCGUCCCAACGCCUUAGACCGCGAUGACCGUGGAUCCAACACUUCUACUCCCGCGACGACCCCCGUUCAAGCACUGAAAUACGAAGACAACCAAAAGUACUUUGCGCGGUCGGCGUCGUUAGCGGAUGCCGCCCGCCCGUUUCUGCAAGCUUUAGCGGACGGACGGCUUCAGGAUAGUGGAGUGAAGGCGUUUCUGAGUCAGUGCGAUCGCUAUUGUCGUCUUCACCAUAUGAUCGCGCCGCUAGAGUUCCCGAUGUCCCACCCCAUCGAGGUGGCCGGUAGGUUGCUGAUGGCGUGUAUCUUGAAGCAUCAUGACCUGGGGCAUGCUGCGUUGGCGCUGGUGGAACACGGUGGACAGGGGGAUGGUCUGGGUCAUAUACGACAUGCUGCCAUGCCGAAGUCUAUCUCUGAAGUGUGCAGAGUGGUCUACCAAACGAAACGCUCACUCAUUAAGACUCGUCAAGAUCUUUGCCACUCUUACGAGGAAGUCUGUACUCCAGUCAUCCAGCGUUGCCGUUUCUUGUUCAAUGAGCUCCGCCCAGCGAUCGGCAACGAAGUGUCCGCUCUGUCUAGGCUUAAGAUCCUCAGUACCCCACCAAGAUGGAAGCAAGUCGUCACCAAGAUGAUCCGACAACGACGGGCUGCUGCAGCUGCUGCAGUUAAUGCUUCUGCUAAGGAAGAGAAGGGAACUAGGGAUAUAAAAGUCAAGACAGAAGGAGGAGAGAUGGAGGGUGAGGAGGCUGGAGCCGUUGGUGGAGCGGGCGUGGUUCGAAUCUUUGCCAAGCAGCAGCCAAAGUCAGAGAAGAAGUCGGCCAAGGAAAAGGAUUCUUGGCGAGCUGUCGUCAGUGCAAUCACCAGCGCUCGUAAAUUCAAGUGGUUACGCCAACGUAUGACGGGGGCUUCCACACAGACAGCCCUGAUGAGCCAGAUCGUAGAGUUUGCUGUCAAUGAUACCAACAUGGACUUGGAGAAACUCAGGAGGAUGCUGUAUUGUCAGCUUGAGAGAGCUGAGAAUCGUCUCCACGGAGCCGAAGCAAUUCUAACCCAACUCAAAAAAGACCAGCUGAUCCCAUCGGUCCGCUACGCCAUGCUCUGUGGCUGGCAGGGUCUAGUCGACCACCACAGCAACGACACCACUCCACAAAGCCCCCUCUUCAACGACUCAACAGCCAACUGCCUCAACAACAUCAAUCUCAUCCCACCUUAUGAUCGCGUCAUCCUGCAGACCACCUACGCUAAGUUGAGUCGCUGGGCCGUGGACGCCCUCCGUCGUCUGGUCAUCUCGGCCAACGAGACGUUGAGCUGCUCGGCCCAGGCGGCCAUCGAUGAUGAUGAGGAGGAUAGUGGGUUGACAUUGGGGGUUCUACCCCAGGCGAGGUUCAUUCUAGCUACCCUGGGGAUGUUGACCAAGGAGCAGCUGGCGUGUGGAGUAAGCUUGUUGUUAAACUCUGGCGUACUGGGUCUGAUGCAAACUGUGCUCAGACUAACGGGCCCAGACCAUGACUGUAACAAUGACGACGAUGCCCCGCUUCCAUCUACUGUGUUUGAAGAGACACGUAACAUCCCAACGCCUGCCCCGAUGCCAACCAGCGGACCUGAGCUGGCUGGAAUGAUGAAGAUCGGUACCAGAGUAGUGCGAGGGCAGGACUGGAAAUGGGGAGAUCAGGAUGGUCCACCACCGAGUGAGGGUCGAGUCAUUGGCGAAUUAGGGGAGGACGGCUGGAUACGUGUUCAAUGGGACACAGGCAGCACCAACUCCUACCGCAUGGGGAAAGAGGGGAAAUAUGAUCUCAAGUUAGCAGGACCCCUACCUGUAGUGGAACAGGCCGAGGAUGAGAAGGAAUGUAUCAUUGAUCCAGCUCUCAAGAAGAGACAAGAGAGCAGUCACCCAACGGUGCUGAUCAGAAGGUCUAGCAUCUGCCUCCUUCAGCUCCUUACGCUUAGCUGUGGUAUACAUGCAGAGAAUAUGCAACGAGACGCAACCAAGACGCUGUGCGGUCUACUGAGGACAUUGGUAGAAGCCGGGAGCUCUAAGCCAUCAGAAGGUGAGCUGUCUCCAUCACGGCUCGUAGCGAGGCAACAAUAUUGUGAGUGGUCGACGCUAGGGUUCAUUACCAGCGUGGCCAAUGCCCCUAGUCUCUGCCGUGCCCUCAGCACUCCGGACUGGAUGGGUCUACUCCUAGGGAUGGUAAGAAAACCAGACGUCACUCCAGAGUCCAUCACAACCCAGAUCUUGGCGUUACGUCUAUUGAGGGCAGUGUUACCAGCCUGGGAGGAGACGGAUGUAUCAGUUCGUACCAAUGACCUUGUUAAGAAACUCUUCACUCUGCUGGGGUCAGUUCUGCUGAACUGCUCUGCCGAUAUACCGUACUCUUAUUCGGGUGUCGGAGGUCGGAGGAACAUGAAGCAAUCCCGCUGCAAGGUUUCCCUGACCGCCUCCCUGGGUAGUACGGUAGCCGAAGAGGUCAUCAUCCUCAUAUGUCGUCUGCACACUCUACCGGCCUGGAACCAGACCAUCAAUGAUUACGUCACUCAGCAGCUCAGCACUGUGACUGAUAUACUCCUGGAGGAUGGACUUGCUGAGCCACGAAAUGUAAGCCAAGAAGACACCCUUGCCAAAGAGGGCGCCGUCAUGUCAGCGCUGGCCGUGAUUGGUCACCUUGAUGGGCGCCCGCGUCUCGGUGGUCUGGUGAGGCAUGAGGAGUUUGGUCAAGGGACGGUGGCCAACAUCGCCGCCAAUGGACGACUGACCGUUCAGUUUGAAGACCAGAAAGUGUUGAGGGUGUGUCGCUUAUCGUCUCUCACUUCAGUACCUGUGGUGACCUUUGAGGUUGAGAAGCUUCCCCUGACGCCAUCGGUGUUACAUGCCUGGGUGCAGUUGAUUAGUCUAGCUGGGUCAGGCUUCAGAGCUCUCAAGGUGCUGUCUUCAAGAAACAGCAGCAUGUUAUCAGAUCCAGACGCAGUCAAUCUGAACCGUCUCCACAAGCAGCAGAUCCGACUGGCUCUCCUGCGAGCCACCCGCGUCAUGUUCAGUCACCAACACAACCUGCGCAAAGUCCUGUCCCUCAACGCCGCCACUGAACCACCCCCGUCAUCAGGGGAAGAUGGUAGCAGCCCAGACGCCAUGAUAACGAAUGUCACAUUGCUACAACAGUUAAUGAAUGCAGCCACACAGCCAUCACCGAUCAAAGCAUUAUUUGAGAGGAAAGAGCUAGAGGCAGCGGCUCUCGCCCUGAGCCAAUACCUGAUUGCUGAAACUAAGUCCCCACCGCCGGGCUACAUCAAUGAGGAAGUCCACAUCGCUCAACCGGUACGUGAAAUAGCCAGUCCAUCUGAUGCAGCCAUAGCCAGACCGAUCAAGCAGCGUCGGGUCAAGCCGACAGAGAGCCCUCCAUCCCCACUGGUCAGUCAGCUGGUGGAGAUGGGCUUCAACAGGAAGAAUGUAGAGUUUGCCAUCAAAGCACUGAGUGGUGGUUCAGACUCCAAGCCUAGUGCUGAAGUCGUCGUCAGCUGGUUGGUGGACCAUCCAGAUAUAGAUUUCGUGGAGCUAUCGGACUCCGAGAGCGAACUGUCGUCAGAGUUCAUUCCCGACUCUGAGAAUGACGACGACGACUUUGAAGAUCUGGAAGGAGACUACGAGCAGAUGCUGGCAGCAGAAGGCACACCGUACAAGAAGAGAAGUGAUUUCUUGAGUAACGAUGAGUACGCGAUCUACAUUAGAGAUAACAUCCAGAUAGGCAUGACAGUGAGAUGCUGCCGAACCUACGAGGAGGUCCAAGAGGGCGAUAUCGGGAAAGUUGUCAAGCUUGAUCGAGACGGUCUCCAUGACCUGAAUGUGCAAGGAGAAUGGCAGAUAAAGACAGGUACUUACUGGGUGCGGUACAUCCACGUAGAGCUCCUGGGGUUCACCCCACAGUGUGCCCCUGGGUCUAACAUCAAGGUUGGAGAUAGGGUACGGGUGAAGGUCAACGUCUCAUCACCAAAGUACAAGUGGGGAUCCGUGACGCAUCAGAGUGUAGGAACAGUCACUGGUUUCAACGCUAACGGCAAAGAUGUCACAGUCAACUUCCCUCAGCAACCACAUUGGACUGGACUGGUGUCUGAGAUGGAACUGGUGCCCAGCACCCACAUCAAUGUCACAUGCGAUGGAUGCCAGACCACGCCUAUUAAUGGUCCGCGCUUCAAAUGUAAAAGCUGUGAGGAUUUUGAUUUCUGUGAGACCUGUUUCCGUACACGACGUAACCAUCGCCACCCUUUCGUUCGCAUAUCUGAACCAGGGAGUGCUCCAGUCAACGUAGGUCGUCCAGGGCGAGGGCGCCGUCGCACUGGCCCCGUAGCUGGGGCUCUGAUCGAGGAGUGGUCUCGCUGCGUCCGUAACAUUGAGGUUUCGUCAAAGGAGGGCCACAUCUCGAGACUCGUUGAUGGGAAUCAGAGCACCUGCUGGCAGUCCUCAGGAUCGCAAGGAAAGCAUUUCAUUCGUCUUGCCAUGCAACCGAACAUCUUGGUGCACAGGCUACGUAUGACAGUGGAUCCGAACGACAGUAGCUAUCAACCCUCGCUAGUUAUUGUGUCUGGUGGGAACGGCGCCUCUGACCUUAGGGAGCUAAAGACAAUCAGGAUUGGUCCCACGGAGUCAUUGGUGGCGCUGCUGCAAGACAUGACAGAGCACCAUCGUCUGAUUGAAAUCAGUAUCAAGCAGUGUAAAUCCAGCGGUAUCGACUGCAAGGUCCACGGCUUGUCCAUCGUUGGCCGUCUCUGCCCCGACGAAGACGACAUCGCUGCUUCCUUCUCGUUCCUUGCUUCGGAGAACGAGGACGAGGACGAUCGGAGCAAUGCGAGGGCGCUAGCACGACACCGCUCGGCCGAGGGGAUCAAUGGUCGAGACAUUCAGACUAAGGUGUUUGUGUGGGGGUUAAACGACAAGGAUCAACUGGGUGGGCCGAAAGGAUCAAAGAUCAAAACGCCAGUGUUGAACGAGUUCUUAUCCGGCCUGAAGGUCGUCCAAGUCGCCGGCGGAUCAAAGAGCCUCUUUGUCGUGACGGCAGAAGGCCGAGUGUUCGGCUGCGGUGAAGGAACCAACGGACGUCUUGGCCUAGGUUCCUCGGCCAACAUCUCCAAUCCUAAAUUACUACAGACACUGCAGCAGCAUACAGUCAAGAAGAUUGCUGUACAUUCAGGUGGACGACAUGCCAUGGCGCUGACCAUCGAUGGCAAAGUCUUCUCCUGGGGCGAAGGAGAUGAUGGGAAACUCGGACACUUCAGUCGGAUGAAUUGUGACAAGCCCCGUCUGAUCGAAGCAUUGAAGACCAAACGUAUCCGAGACAUUGCAUGUGGGAGCUCUCAUAGUGCAGCAGUGACAUCCAGUGGGGAGCUGUACACCUGGGGACUAGGGGAGUAUGGGAGGCUAGGCCAUGGGGAUAACACUACCCAGCUCAGACCAAAACUGGUAAAAGCUCUGGCGGGUCAGCGAGUGAUGAUGGUAGCCUGCGGUAGCCGUGAUGCCCAGACCCUGGCCCUGACCGACGAGGGGCUGGUAUACUCUUGGGGCGAUGGAGAUUUCGGAAAGCUCGGCCGGGGAGGAAGCGAAGGUUGCAGCGUGCCUCACAACGUAGAGAGACUGAACGGGCAGAACAUUAUUCAGAUUGAGUGUGGGGCGCAGUUCUCACUGGCGCUGACUAAGUCUGGUUCAGUCUGGACAUGGGGGAAGGGUGAUUAUUACCGUCUCGGUCACGGCGCCGAUUCCCACGUCCGUAAGCCGCAGAUCGUAGAAGGUCUGAAGGGAAAGAAGAUCAUCCACGUUGCUGCAGGUGCCUUGCAUUGCCUUGCUGUUACUGAUACAGGACAGGUGUUUGCAUGGGGAGAUAACGAUCAUGGACAACAGGGAAAUGGUACAGUCACCGUAGACAAGAAACCCACCCUCGUUACGGGUCUUGAAGGAGUUCGAAUCACCAACGUGGCCUGUGGGUCGUCCCAUAGCAUAGCAUGGUCUACCACUGACGCGGCUGUCCCAUGUAUGCAUGAACCGGUGCUCUUCACCACACCAAGAGAUUCACUCGGCGCUACCGAGCUAGGUGUGACAGGAGAGCCAGGUCAUGAUCCUGGCGAUAAAGGAAACAACUCCCAGGGAUCCAAACAGCGACCAUCUUUGGCUAAAGUCAUGUUGUCAUUGGAGACCAACGCUUCCAGACAGAUGGCCCUCGGUCAGAUACUGACAGCUUUGCAGAUCAUCUACGCUAGAAAUGCUGUAGUAGGUUCCUUGAUGUCAAGCUCCCAUUUGAAUCGAUCUGAGUCAUGUCAGACUUCAGCUGCAGUAACACCCAAUGAGAGUCCAAUGUCAACUGCUACUCACCCUCUUGAUCUUGCUGAUAUUGCAUUGACCACUGAGGUACAUGAGCCUGUCAUGGAUGCUGAUGGUGAUGCUCCAAGCUCAUCGACACAUACCUUCACGUCAACUAACGCUACCGUCGUACCUGAGACUAUCACGAGUGCUGAUCAGGUAACGAGUCCUGAUGAUAAGGGACCUGUUAGCCCCCUACCCUCCUUGGAUGACUUCACCAGCACCUUACAGCCGGACGAUGCUCGCAUCCUCGUCGAUCUCCUCAAGCUAGCUGUCGCCAACAGAGCAGGGCAUCAUGGGAAACGUGCAAUCUCGGAUACACUCACAGCUAUGGCCAAAUUCUACCCUGAGGUUGCCGACAUGUUGCUGGAGUUGUGCGUAACAGAGUUGGAGGACGUUGCGUUGGACACAGAGUGUGGCCGGUCAGCCAUGCAGCCCGUUAUACAAGAGAGCGCUCACCCGUACGCUGACGAUACUAUCAACAGUGGACACGUCAAGAUUCCAGGAGCGGAGGCCUUACGUGUUGAGUUUGAUCGCCAGUGCUCUACAGAGAGGCGUCAUGACCCACUGACCAUCAUGGAUGGAGCUGUACGAACAAUAUCUGUCAGAUCAGGGAGAGAAUGGGCAGAUUGGUCCGCUGAGCUCCGCAUCGCCGGAGAGGAACUCAAGUGGAAGUUCACCAGCGACGGUUCGGUCAACGGAUGGGGCUGGCGUUUCACCGUCUUCCCCAUCAUGCCAGCUGCUGCUCCUAAGGAUCUGCUCUCUGACCGGGCAGUGCUGGCCAGACCCUCUAUUGACCUGGUCACGUGUCUACUGGACUUCAGACUGGAAUCGUCCACUGAUAGGAAGAUUAUGCCCAGGCUGGCUGCAGCGCUGGCUGCUUGUGCUCAGCUUGGCUCGCUAGCUGCCUCCCAGCGUAUGUGGGCUUUGCAAAGACUCCGCAAGCUGAUUUCAACUGAGUUUCAUCAUAGUCUGAAUGUAGAGGCAAUCUUGGGCCUGGAGGUCAGCGACGAGUCGGCUACCACAUACAACGCUUUCAACGGCACAGCUCUAGCCGCUUUAGUCAAGGGCCUACCCGAAGCCCUCCAGCGUCAGUACGAAUACGAAGACCCAAUAGUCAGGGGUGGGAAACACCUCCUCCACAGCCCUUUCUUCAAGGUUCUCGUGGCCCUUGCGUGUGACCUGUCCCUUGAUGCUCUGAGCUGCUGUGCAGAGUCGCACCGCUGGGCAUGGUUCAGACGUUACUGCACAGCGGCCCGCGUUGCUAAGUCACUGGAGAGCCGUGUUCAUUUGCCAGAUGCAUUUUGCGAUGAGGUGAUGAAGAAGAUACGAGAGAUCAGUGCCGAGGGCGACUCAACAAUCCAACGUGAACAUGAGAACCAUAAGGAGUUCAAACGAGAACACGACGAACAGAUCCUGAUGUGGAUGAACAGGCGGCCGGACGAUUGGACCCUCUCCUGGGGAGGUAGCGGAACCAUCUACGGCUGGGGUCACAACCACAGAGGUCAACUGGGUGGCAUCGAGGGGGCAAAGGUCAAAGUGCCGACCUCUAUCGAGUCGCUGACUUCGUUGAGACCGGUGCAGAUAGUCGGCGGUGAGCAGACGCUGUUUGCUGUAACUGCAGAUGGGAAGGUUUAUGGCACUGGUUACGGAGCUGGUGGACGUCUCGGUAUCGGAGGAACUGAUUCAGUCUCCACCCCGACUCUCUUGGAGUCCAUUCAACACGUUCACAUCAAGCGCGUCGCUGUCAACUCAGGCGGAAAACACACCCUGGCGCUCUCCGUCGAGGGAGAAGUGUACUCGUGGGGUGAGGGAGAAGACGGGAAACUAGGCCAUGGAAACCGAACGCAAUGUGAUCGUCCCCGCGUUAUUGAAAGCCUCCGCGGGAAGGAGGUUGUAAACAUUGCUUGCGGUGGUGCUCACAGUGCCUGCAUGACAUCCAGCGGAGAGCUAUUCACCUGGGGUAAAGGUCGCUAUGGACGACUAGGCCAUGGGGAUAGCGAGGACCAGCUGAGACCUAAGCUGUUGGAAGCCCUCAAGAGCUACCGCGUCAUUGAUGUUGCCUGCGGCAGCGGAGACGCCCAGACUCUUUGCAUCACAGAUGAUGAUAACGUCUGGUCGUGGGGAGAUGGUGACUACGGGAAGCUCGGCCGUGGGGGAAGUGAUGGCUGCAAGGUACCCCAGAAGAUUGAUAUCUUGAGUGGGGCUGGUGUCUGUACGGUGGAGUGCGGGUCACAGUUCUCGAUUGCACUUACAAAGUCUGGCGCUGUGUAUACAUGGGGUAAGGGAGAUUACCACCGCUUGGGACACGGUACUGAUGAUCAUGUACGGCGCCCUCGCAAGGUGGCUGCACUCCAGGGCAAGAAGGUCAUCUGUGUAGCAACAGGGUCGUUGCACUGUGUGGCGUGUACAGACCAAGGUGAGGUCCACACAUGGGGAGACAACGACGAGGGUCAGCUAGGAGACGGAACAACCAACGCCAUUCAGCGGCCAAGGAUGGUCACUGCACUGCAAGACAAAAAGAUCACUAACGUAGCGUGCGGCUCAGCGCACACCAUUGCAUGGUCCACCAGCAAGCCGGUCAACGCCGGCAAGCUCCCUAGGGCCAUCCCCAUGGAGUACAACCUCCUCAGAGAGGUGUCCAUCCCAGUCAUCCGGAAUCGCCUGGUGCUUCUUCAUCACUUCUCAGAGCUUUUCUGUCCAUCCAUUCCGAUGUUCGAUCUCCACUCGGACGAUGAGGAUGGCAAGGCGGGGGCAGGGAACUUGGUCGGGAUCGACGCCCUGAGAGGUUUGCUGGUGUCGUCGGGGAAGGAAGCUGCCUUCCGUAAAGUUGUCCAGGCCACCAUGGUCCGUGACCGACAGCACGGCCCGGUCAUCGAGCUCAACCGUAUCCAAGUGAAGAGAUCCCGCAGUAAAGGUGGCCUUGCUGGCCCCGAUGGGACCAAGUCUGUCUUUGGGCAGGCGUGCGCCAAGCUUGGUCAGUUUGCAUCCGAGAGCUUGCUGCUGCCUCAUCGAGUCUGGAAGGUCAAGUUUAUUGGGGAGAGUGUAGAUGACUGUGGAGGGGGCUACAGUGAAUCUAUAGCAGAGAUGUGCGAUGAGCUACAGAAUGGUUCCACCCCUCUGUUGGUUCUCACCCCUAAUGGGCGAGAUGAAGCAGGCGCCAAUCGCGACUGUUUCCUGCUGAACCCAGCGGCGAAGUCUGCGACGCACCAGAACAUGUUUAGAUUCUUGGGUAUAUUGAUAGGUAUCGCUAUCCGUACCGGUAGUCCACUCAGUCUGUCUCUGGCCGAACCUGUCUGGAAGCAGCUAGCUGGAAUGCCGCUGACUGUCACCGAUCUCACCGAGGUAGACAAAGACUACAUGCCAGGAUUGAUUUGCAUCCGUGACAUGGAGCCUGAGGCCUUCUUAUCCAUGGACAUGCCAUUCAGUACACCAAGCGCAACAGGUCUAGACAGCCCACUCAGCACCAAACACUCGCAUAUUACACUGGAAAAUCGAAAUGAGUACGUCAGGGCUGCCCUCAACUACAGGUUACAUGAGUUUGAUGAGCAGGUGCAAUGGGUACGAGAAGGCAUGGCGAGGGUCAUCCCUGUACCCCUCCUGUCCCUCUUCACUGGGUCUGAAUUAGACACCAUGGUCUGCGGCAGCCCCGAUAUUCCUCUCCACCUUCUCAAGUCUGUAGCUACCUACAAGGGAAUCGACACGGGAGCCCCCUUGGUGCAGUGGUUCUGGGAAGUGAUGGAGGACUUCAGUAACACGGAGCGAUCGUUAUUCCUCAGAUUCGUCUGGGGCAGGACUCGUCUCCCCCGAACAAUCGCAGACUUUAGAGGAAGGGACUUUGUUCUGCAGGUCCUUGACAAAUACAGCCCACCGGAUUACUUCCUACCAGAGUCCUACACAUGUUUCUUCCUCCUAAAACUCCCGCGCUACUCCUGCCGGGAAAUCCUACGCGAGAAACUCAAGUACGCCAUCUACUUUUGCAAGUCCAUCGACACUGACGACUAUGCGCGCAUCGCGCUGACCGGGGAACCGGCCGGAGGGGACACCAGUGACGAUGACAGCGAUGAGGACGACGACGUGGAUAGCACAGGAUUCGAGACGGAAUAAGUUCAACUUAAAAAGGUCGCAAAGGUCGUCGGUUCGAAUCCCACCCGAGUAAUAUGCCUGUGAUUUGUGUUCACAGAACUCGGGUAAGUACUGAGUAUACAGUGCUAACACACAUCGGUGUAUAUGGAUAAAAGCCAAAAUGAAUAUAAAUUCGACUUGGUGUUGAUGAAAGUGGUGUUUUUAGCCUUAAAGGCACUGGACAGGUCUGGUAAUUACUCAAAAUAAUUGUUUCAUAAAAACUUACUUGGUACGAGC